AAUACGACCAUGGGAAGGACCGAAAACACAUUACCGAUACUAUCAUCGGAUUUUAGGAUGUGCCAAUGUUUGUGAACAAUUCCCUUAAUUUGUUCAGAGCACUUUGAAUAGCGGGUAGUUAGAACGCAAGAAUGCGUCUUUUUGCGAGACUGCAUCAUUAAUUUUACCGGCACAAAAAGAUCCCACCUUGUAUAGUGUAUUUUGUUUUGUCCACAUUUGGAAAGUUUAACGAAAUAUGUGCUUUUUCCACAACAUUUUUAGUCAUUUAGGCUACUUUAAUCGCAUAAAAAGGUUGGAUGGAAACCUGGUUAGUGUCACACAUCGGCCCUAUUAUUUAUAGAAAGACCCAUCUGUAUGCGGGCUGUCAUGACCUGUGUCCCCUAGGAAAGAGGAAGUCUAAACUGAAGACCCUGAAGAUACGUCUGUUUGGGAGGACCAAGCGAGAGACCAAAUUCAGCCAGUCUGCUAGUGAUGUCACAGAGGCAGAGGGGCUGGGCUCAGCGGAGAAUCUGUGUUCAGGCGUUUUGGGAUCACGAGCGUUGUCACAUGACAGUAUCUUCCUGCCCGACCAGGAUCUGUCUAGUCCAGAGCAGCCCAGGGUUCUAUCCCAGGAGAACGUCCAAGGCAGGAUCAAAGAACUCCAGAUGAAGCUGCUGCAGCAGAACAUGCAUCUAGGCCCGCCCCCACUGGUUCUGCCAAUGAAACAUCCCGAGGACCUGGGGGGCAGCUCAGAGGACGAUGGUCUGCCCCACAGCCCCCCCGAAAUCUCCAUAGGCAACAACAUGGCCCCCAGGGGGUUAUCUUACAAGUUCCCUGCCCCUCCCAGGCACCAUAUCUCUCUGAGUUUAGCAGGGACAGGAAGUGAGAAGGAAGUGCAGGCCUGCUCCCAACCCUCGUCCCGUCCCCUCUCCCCUGUGCCCAAACCUCGUCUUACCAACUCCGUGCCCCACACCCCAUCUGCCCCCCAAACUGCUUUCUCCCCUGCCCCCCCUGCCUUGGACUUCAUCACCCCAGCCCAGUUCACCCCCUGCCUGGAUAACUCUGCCGCCCGCCACCGCAUGUCCAUCAAACCCAGGAACCAGAGAGCCAGCGCCAAGAACAAAAGGCUGAACAUGACUGAGUCGAGACCACGCUCAGAGAGUCUCAACAACUUUGACCAACAGUUGACUGAAGAUGAGGAAGGGCCUGCCAUUACCGGGGGGAGAACACGUUUACGCUGUCACUCUACCCUGAUCCUAAAGUCGCAACAAGGGGGGUCGACCACCUCCACUGCACCCCCAGAGCUGACACCCCUAAAGUCGAGUUCCACAGAGGCUGAGGGGUCCCCCAAAAAACCCACUCUCCCCUGCAAGCUCUCCCCACAAGAGCAGCCCUAUCCUGGCGUUCCAGUUGUCUCCCCUGCCCCUGUGACCCGCCAGCUACCUGGAGCUAAACAGCCACAGCCCUCGUCUGUGACCACAGUUCAGGACCUGAGAUACACUCCACAACAACAGACCCUGAAACAGUCCCUGGGAGCCCCCAAGCCCCCAGACCCAUCCCAAACCAAGAGGGACGUCCUGAGCAAAAGUGGGGUACCGAAUUCUACCCCCAGCACCGAGGGUAGCCCCAAAGAUGAACCACUCCUUUCUGCCAGGCCCACAGCUAGCCUGACCGCAGUGGUGACUCUCAGAACGUCCUCUCUGAGGAGCAAGACAGAUGCUAGGGCUGGUGGUCAGAGUACCACACAGCCACCUGCAGGCCAGGAGGACACAGGUCAGGCAGAGCCAAUGUCCACUGGAGGAGCUCCGAAGCCAGGCUCCGGGCCCUUCCUGUUCUCCAUCAACUCAGCCAAGGGGCGAGAAACACCCAGGAUGGGAAGUGGUGGUUUCUUGGUAGUAGUGGAGCAGGCCGGGGAUGGAGCGAAGAGGGAGGAUGGGACAGAGGUAAAGUUGAACCCCUCAAACGCCAGCCAGAGGGAGCAGGAGCAGCAGAGGGGCAGGCGGGAGAGGGACAAGCCCAAAGAAGAGGAGUUGACUGCCAUCGAUAUGGGGGGGAAAGUCUCGGAAGGGGUGGAGGUGGAGGAGGAGAGCGGUGAGGGAGUGGAGGAUGCAGUGGAAGCAAAAGAGGAGACAGAGGUAGAUGGGAAAAUUGCAUUUGGCGUGAAUCUUCGCUCCAUCUCUCUCUCUCCGAGGGUAGAGGCGGAGGCAACCACCAGCCAAUCAGAUCUCAAGAUAAAGCGUCAUAGUGCGGAGGUGGGCGCUCUCCUUCUUGCCCCUUAUACUCCCUCCUCAAAACCCACCGGGCUUGAGGGGCUUCGGGACACCCCUCCAACCAGGGCUAACUCCAUGCCCAAAAAGCUCUAUACAAACAACUGGGUUUCCCCCACAACACUGUCUUCAUCCAGGGGAAGAGCUGGCUCCCUCAGAGAAGCAGAUACAGCAACCCCCGCCCAGCCUACCCCCUCACCUCUCAUUAAAGAGGCCCAAACCACCCCAGCUAGACCUAAAGAGGACCAAACCCUCCCUGUCCUACCCAUAGAAGCCCAGGCUACCACCUCAGCCCCUCAGAACCCCCUGACUGCCCCCCAUGCGGCACCCCAGGCUGCCGUAUCGUGGAUGAGCAUGGCAUGGGGGAAGACCAGGGGCCUCCAGCAGCUCUUCACCAGCAGUUUGCCCAGAGAGUUCACCGGCAUGCAGUCCCCAACUCAACCGCAGGCUCAGACCACAACACAACCUCAAUCACAGACCACAAUGCAACCCCUGACUGCUAAACUACUGGAGUCACAGAAUGCAGUGAAACCACCACAGACAGCAGCACAAGCCCCCACACAGACCACAAAACUACCAGUGACACAGACCACAACGCCACCACAGGCUCAGACCACAAAGCUACCAGUGACACAGACCACAAAACACCUGCAGACCACCAAAACACCACGGACACAGAACGGAACACAACCACAAACAAUGACACAACAAUCAACACAGAACUCAAAACCAUCAACACAGACAUCCAACCAAAUCAACACUCGAGCAGCACAACCAACCGCUACUCAACCUUUAGCCCAGUCUACACAAUGCGCCGUGUCUCAGGUGACCCCACAGUCCAGCCGACGAGCAAACCAGCCCACCCUCUGCUCCACUCCACAGACCCAAGCUCAGAUAACACUACGGAUCGCCCCAAUGGGUGCAACUUCCACUCAGCCCCCUUGGAGCGCACUAAAUCUCAACCCUAUCCCCCAGCCCAAACCAGCCUUAGCUCCAACAGCAACCCCAGUCCAACUCCUAGUGAGAGGUGAGAAGAUCCCUGGCGACCAGAGGAAUAGUGAGGGGGCGGCUGUGUCAACAGAGAAGAGGGUGGACCGGGACAGGCCAUCGACUGUGGGAGGGACGGCAGCCUUUUUGGAGAAACGGGCAGAGUGGACCCCUCCUGCUGGAAGCAAGGUAGAGCUCAGGAGAACCAAGACCCCACCUGAGUCUCAGCCCACGGCUGAAUUGGCUGCUCCUCCCAAAGCCACACCCAGUCACAGAGACGCUAAAGAUGUUAAACUCGACAGGAGGCCAGAAUCGAGCCCAACCAUAGUGGCAGGCAGACUUGCAGACCGAGAGGACAAAUGGUUGAGGAAAAACAUGCCAACUUCAUUGUCUCCUUCAUCAUCACCUUCGUCAUCAUCUCCCUUGCAGACCAUUUCUGACAGCGGGGGUCAGCCAUCUUGGAUGGAACUGGCCAAGAGGAAGUCAAUGGCCUGGAAUGACAAGACCAUGGACUGAUAGAAUAAGAAAGGAAGGAAGGAGGGGGAGUGUCAGGGGAUAUGUACUGUGUAUAUAUAGAGAGAUAAAAAGAGAGAAGGGGGAGUUCCUUAUUUGAAUGCACUUAUUGCUAAUUGCUCUGUACAAGAGCUCCAUUGUAAGUUGUGAGAGUGACAGAGGGAGAGGAACAUCAACAAUGGUAGUGAUGGGAAUGUAUAGAGACUGAAGGACAAAGUGAGAUGUUGAGUUCAUUGAAGUGGAAUUUAAUUGACCUUGGAAGCAACAACUAUUGGCAAAACAUGCUUCCCUUGAAUGUACAGACGUGCUGUGUUUGCAAAACAAUGUUUGUAUUUCAUGUUUCUUGUAUGGGAUAACUAUGAAGCUGAUUGGUUUCCUGUCAAUAAAUUCUUAUGUUUUGA